GCUCGACGCAGACAGAAUGAAGCGAGCCGAUGAGGGACGCGCAGCGGACGAGCGAGCUGCUGAUAUUUCUGCACUUCACGCGGUUGUUUUUUACUUAAACAUUUCUAUUGAGCUGGAAAAGAGACAAAGACAAAGGUGAGGAGUUCGGCUGAUGGAUGAGGAUGAGGAUGAUGUGCACAGGAAGGGUCUACAGCGCUGGCCUUCCUCCCACAUUCAGAUAAAGCAGACCGAGACAACAGGGAGAACCCCUCUAUUACCCAACGGCAUGCUGCCCUGCCGAGUGCAUGUGGAGCCCAGACGCCUUCUCUACGGUAACGCAGGACUGCUGCUGCUAGCGCCGCCCAGCCGCUCUCGGCCUCCUGACGCGGUUCUCCGGCAGAACCCGCGGGUGAUGGAUCCAGCGGAGAGCGUGGAGACCCUCAUCGGGCAGAAGCUCCAGCUGAUCGGAGAUCAGUUCUAUCAGGAGCACAUGAUGCAGCACAGAAACCAAAGGAACCGGGAGCCGCUGUGGUGGCGCAUGGCGAUGGCGUUCUACACGCUUUUAUUCGGAAGAGAGGCCAACGCAAGAGCAGAUCGCCGGUGAAGCGCCUCUCAAACACUGCCAUCCGUGUCCCAGUCCUCAUGACGGAGCGGGGCGUUUAACGGCACUGUCUGAAAUCUAACACGGGUUUUGAGGGGAAAUCAGAGACUGGAAUGAAGACGUCUCCGCAGGACGGCGGCAGUUUUUAUCAUCUUUUUUCCCCAUGAAGAUGCCAUGAUGUUCUUGAGAUUCUAACAGGAAUAUUUUCAUAAACACGUCGAGGUAUUUUGUACAGGAUGCUGUUUAAUUUUCUUUGCACUUCCAUACGUGUGUAUCCGGAUGACCUCCACGAGUCUUGGGAACGCCUUACUGUCCCAAGCCACCCAUAAACGGAGGAUUAGGACGGGAUUUUCCUUCAGAAAUCUCCCAAGACGUCCAGCAAAUCUCCAAAGAGGCUGUUCCUCAGAACAAAAGCUUUUUGCACCUCAUUUCGUCCAGUUUUCUUGAUGUUUUUACUUUUUUUAUUACAUAAUUGUUGGAUUUUUUUUAUUGUUCUUCCUAUUUUUUGGUUUAAAUACUUGUCAGAAGGUGAGGAUGAUCUAGACGUCUUUGAAGAGGGUUUGAUGAAGUCAAUGAUGAGUUGAUGUACUGCUGUUAUUGAGUUGUCUUUAUAUUUCAUUUGAUUUGAGUUUUGACGCAACAGCAUGGAUUAUUACUGGAUUGGCUGUUUUGUUUGCUCCAAUAUCAUUUAUGUAUGAUUUCGGGGAAGCAAAGGUAGAGGAAAACUGUUAUCGGCUCUUAAAAAUUCACCAAAUUUUGGAAAACAUUAGAAUAAAACUUAAGUCUCACUCAGGUACUUAAAGGGACAGUUCACCCAAAAAUGAAUUUUCUGGCAUCAUUUACACUGAUUUGCCCUAACAAAGUUGUUUCAUGAUUAACUUCCAUAGUAUGGAGAGGAAAACAAAUAUAUAUAUAUAUAUAUAUAUAUAUAAAUAUAUAUGAUUGAAGUCAAUGGGGACCAGAAACUGUUUGAUUUCCAAAAUUCUUCAAAAUAUUUUGUCAUCAUAUUUCUGUCAUUAUUUAUUCACCCUCAAUAUGUUCCAAAACCUGUAUGGGUUUCUGGUCCCCAUUGACUUCCAUAGUAUUUUUUUUCCAUACAGUGGAGGUCAAUGGGUGCCAAUGGUUAUGAACAUUCUUGAAAAUAUCUUCUUUUGUGUUUAACAGUAGAAAGAAAAAAGCUUUCAUUAUUUACUCUCCCUCAAGUUGUUCCAUGAUGGAACCCAUUGACUUCCAUUGUAUGGAUAAAAAUACAAUGGAAGUCAAUGGCUACCGUCAACUGUUUGCUUACCAACAUUCUUCAAAGUAUCUUCUUUUAUGUUUAACAGAAGAAAGAGUCAAUUAUGACGGAAUUUUUCAACUUAACCAAGUUGUUCUGUGAUGGAACCCAUUGACUUCCACGGUAUGGGAAAAAAUACAAUGGAAGUCAAUGGGUACCAUCAACUGUUUGAUGACUAACAUCCUUCAAAAUGUCUUCUUUUGUGUCCAACAGAAGAAAGAGAUAUAAGUUUGGAAUGACGUGUGGGUGAGUAAAAGAUAGAAAUGUUAUUUUUGGAUAAACUGUCUCUUUAAAUCCACUAAACUUAAAAUGGCCAAUAGAUACAAACCAGUUUUGACAUAUCAUAACGUUUCUGUGCCUAUAACACGAACAGAUCGACCUAGACGUUGUUUACAUUGACAUACAGCAAACAUAUCAGCCUCAGCAGCACAAAUCUCUUUUCAUAAGUCAUUUUGUUUUAUAUAUAUCAUCUGAAACUGUGUUUCUCUUGCCUGUUGAAGAUAAUCCAAGCAAUACUGUGUAAAUCUGUGAAGUUUUCUCAGGACUCUUGGCGCUUUUGAUUUUCCUGUUUUAUUUGUACUUUUAUACCUGAUCUGUAAAGUUACGGUGGUGUAUAUUUCUUUCUAUUUUUUGCUUUUGUUUUUUUUAUAUGACCACUACUUUGUACAGGACAUAAGGAAGAACUUCUUCUGAAAUUUAAGACUAAUUAUUAUAUUUGAAGACACUGAUGCAUUCAAUGCUGUUCCUCUGAUUUGUCUGUCCUGUAUUUAGUUUUUAGUUUUUUUGUUUUUUUGUUCAUCUUGAAGGAGUGAAGCAUAUUUUGUGAGACUUUGGUUCUGAUUGAUGUUUCUGCCGCCUCUGAAAUCAUGCAGUUUGUUCAUUUCAAAUCAGAGAUGAUUGCAGAACGAUCAAAUGAAGGAAAACAUAGACUUUUUUUAAUGAAAGCACAUCAUUUUACUCUUUGAAGACGAUACCGAUAAAAGUCCUUAUCAUUUAUUAUAACCGUGUCAAAUUUUGAUUCGAAAUCCACUCACAUUCAGCUCGUAUUUCACCCAAAAAUCAAAAGAAAAUACUUCUAUUUUGCAUUUAAACAGAUUUUUAGAACCUUUUAGUUUAGUUUUAUGCUAUAUUUGUAAAGUGAAAUUAAGUUUUCUACCACGUUUUAAUUUACGCUGUUUUAAUUUUGUUUUUAAUAUCUCUUUUCUUUUUUCUAUUGUGUGUAUUUUUUAUCUUUUUUUGCUUUUGUUACUUGCUCCCUAUUUUAGAUGGGGAGUAACGUAACAAUUUAAUUUAUGAUUGAAAAUCUACAUUUUCAUAACUUAAAUGCAGUAUAAAGUAUCAAAUUGAAUAGAAAAGAUGCUUAAUUGUCAUGAAAAUACAAUUGUGAGAUAAAAAGUUGCAAUUACCUUUUUUAAUUAUUUCAUGGUGGAAACCAAAAAAAAAAAAAGACAAUAGUAAACUCAUAAUUAUGUAAAGUCAUAAUUGUGAGUUUAUAUCUUGCGAUUCUGAGUUUUUUUUUUGUUGUUUUUUUCAUUUAAUUUCUAUUUGAUUUUUUUAUUAUUUUCAUAACUUAAAUUCAGUAUAGAGCAUCAAAUUGAAUAGAAAAAUGCUUAAUUUUUAGGAAAAUACAAUUGUGAGAUAAAAAGUUGCAAUUACCUUUUUUAAUUAUUAUUUAAUGGAAUAAAAAAAGACAGAAUAGCAAACUCAGAAUUCUGAGAUAAAAGUCAGAAUUGUGAGUUUAUAUCUUGCAAUUUAGACUUUUUUUUUUUUUUCUUAGAAUUGCGAGUUUAUAUCUGGCAAUUCUGAUUUUAAAUGAAAUUUGUAUUUGAAAAAUCUAGAUUUUCAUUACUUGCAGUAUAUAGUAUUGAAUUGAAUAGAAGACAUGCUUAAUUGUCAUGAAAAAAUGCCAGUGUCACAAUACAAAAUAAUCGUGACACUCUUAAAAAUUGGCUUGAGUUUCUUUAUUGAAAACUUGCAAGUUUCUUCUGAUUUUGAGGUGAAAUGUGACUGAGGUCUGCCGUGUUUCUGUGGGUCUGGUGUUGUAAAUGUACUGGUUUUCAGGAAUGCAUCUGGUGCAUCAGUACGGUACAGGUUUAGUCUCGGUAGUUCUCGUUGAGGCGGAGGCCGCGGCUGCAUGAUGUUGCGCGAGCUGAACGUGUGUUUCCUGCAGAUUGUGAACGCUGAGCCAGCGCCGCUAGUUCUCCCGCCGCUCACGUAUGUGCACUCCUCCACUUUCCUUCAUGACGUUUUAAUUUAUUUUUCUCUUAUUUAUUUUGUUUCUCUUUUUUUUUUUUUUGUAUAUCCGCCCAUUGCUACUGUAUAAAUUUUAUUGUGCAAUUCUUUUCUUUCUAUGCCUCUACUAACGUUUUGUUGUGCAUUUCUGGUGUUCGUUGUGUUGCUGAAGGAGGUUUCGGAUGCUCAAUGAUUUUAAUCUUUGGUGUCUCUCAAAUCAACAAAGUGCCAUCAGAUGAAUUUAGCAUGAGGUAAAGUCAGCGGAGAGAUUUUAUGUAAUCAGGUGAAUCUCACAAAAACACGUCCAGGUUGUGUUUUACUCCCAAAUCCUCUAGAACUAAUUUUUGCAUUAUACAUUUGAAGAUUUUCAUGAGAUAUAAGCAGCUCCAAUAUUCUCAUUACUAUGGUGUCAAACAUUUGACUUUUGGGUUUGUAUGCAAUUGUUUCUCUUCUGAUUGUGGGCUUGAUUCCACCACAGAACAAAAAAAAAAAAAAAAAAGGAAUUGCGAAAAGAAAUUAAAAAAUAAAAUAAAAGUUAAAUCUGAAUUUUUUUUUUUUUUUUUUUUUUUCACAAUUCAGACUUUUUUCAUGCAAUUUGGAGUUUAUAACUCACAAUUUGAACUUUUUGGGCAUUUCUAAGUUUAUAUCUCGCAAUUCUGACUUUUUACGCAAUUCCAAGUUUAUCUUGGAAUUCUGAGUCUGUAUUUCACAAUUAUGAGUUUUUAUCUUGCAAUUCUGACAUUUUGUGCAAUUCUGAGUUUGUCUCACAAUUCUGACUUUUUCACACUAUUCCGACUUUUUAUAUCGCAAUUCUGACAUUUUUGCGCAAUUCUGAGUUUAUAGAGAUAUGAAGUCAGAAUACAGUGCAAACUAAGAAUUCCAAGUAAAAAAAAAGUCUGAAUUGUGAGAUAAAAAGUCGCAAUUACCUUUUGUAUUUUUUUUUUUUAAUUCUGUGGUGGAAACGAGCUUCCAUAGAAAUAUGACCUGGACGAGAAACUAAAUAUGAAUUCUGGGUUCUGAGGGUCUAAAACCUGGUUUAAUCGUUCCAGUAUCUCAAAGAUCUGACUCAGAAUCAUUGCAUAAAAUCUAAAUACUGGAGGUUUUGAAGACAUAUGCAGUAAACGCAGGAUGUUGUGAAGCGCUUUAUCUCCGGUUCUCUCUUUUUUCAUGCACUGGAAAGUACUUUGUGUUUGACUGAAUCUCAAGGGUUCUUGUAUCCCAGUGUUAACAGUGUCUCUAACAAGUUCUUGAGGAAUCAGGAAUAUGUUUUUGAUUCUCUCUUUCGUUUUUUAGGCAUCUGACAAUGUGUUUUGACUCAAAGGGUAACAAGCACACCGUGCUGCCCAGUAUUAACCCAUGAUGAAACCAAUGGUGUCUUUAAAUGUACUUCAGUCCUUCAUUGUUUUCUUGAUAUUGACUGUUAUUGUUGGGGCUCAUUGGUUUGGGUUUCUAAAAUGGAUUUUCUUACUGAAAUUUGUAGCUUUUUGAAGGCAGAUGUUUUUAACGUUGUAAUUUGAUGAAAUGUUCUCCACUGAAUGAUUUCAGACUGUGAUCAAGGGCUUUUUUAAUCUACAAAUGGACUUGAAACAUUCCUUGUCAGUCCAAAAUGAUUUUAAUACUUGCAUUUAAGACAUUUUACCAUGUAAGAAUCCAUUUUGCAGAUUUGACCCCUCAAUUUUCCAUCCAGGCCUUCGUAUAUAUCCAACAAUUGACGGUUUCUGUUGAAAUGAUCCCACUGGGAAACACAUUGAUUGUUUAUCUGAGGUCUCGCUGCCUUUCAUCAAGUCUUGAGGUUCACACACACUCACUGUACACCAAGAAAUGAGACCCAGCGAUGAUGUAGCAUGUGUGUAAACAUUGACUGUGUGUCUUCGGGACUGUAUUGUGCACUUCCUCACCUUGGUUUCGUUUCUCUGAUGUUUUUAAUACAGUAUGGAAGUUUUAGUUUUUGUUAUAUAGUGCAAUAUGCUGUACAUAAGAGCUUUGCUCUACGAAAUACUUUUCUGAAUUUUUUGGUUGUUUUAUUGGUACACUUUUUUUUUUUCAAUAAAAACAUAUUA